AUGGCGCCCCCAGGGCCAUCUCAGAAGCGGCGGCGUUCCUCGGGGCCCUCCCAAAGGUGGCGGAGGGUCUCUAACAGGUAUUUUGCCCCCGCCCCCCCCGCCUCUUCCAGGACUGUGGCGCCCCAGGCCCUCCCAAGGCUGUCGGCGUCUCAGGGCUCUCCCAUGGAUAUGGUGCGGCGCUUCCAGGGGCAUUCCCAGGGGCAAUGGCGCACCCAGUGCCCCCGGAGCCCUCUCAGGGACAACGGCGCUCUGAGGGGCCCUGCCAGGGGAUGUGGAGUCCCAGGAGCCCUGGGAGGGUCGUUGGUGCCCCCAGGGGCCUUCCCAGGGGCGGUGGGGCUUUCAGAUGCCCUCCGGGGGCAACGCUCCCAUGGGCCCUCCCAUUUGCCCUACCAGGUGCGGCGCCCUAAGGGGCCCUCGCAGGAACGUCGGCGCACCCAGUGGCCGUCCCAGGGGCGGCGACGCCCCCAAGGACCCUCCCUAGGGGCAGCGCUCCCUGGGGGCCUCCCAUUUGCCCUGACAGGUGCGGCGCUUCCAGGGGCAUUCCCAGGGGCAACGGCGCACCCAGUGCCAGUAGCGCCCCCGGAGCCCUCUCAGGGACAACGGCGCUCUGAGGGGCCAUGCCAGGGGAUGUGGAGUCCCAGGAGCCCUGGGAGGGUCGUUGAUGCCCUCCGGGGGCAACGUUCCCAUGGGCCCUCCCAUUUGCCCUACCAGGUGCGGCGCCCUAAGGGGCCCUCGCAGGAACGUCGGCGCACCCAGUGGCCGUCCCAGGGGCGGCGACGCCCCCAAGGACCCUCCCUAGGGGCAGCGCUCCCUGGGGGCCUCCCAUUUGCCCUGACAGGUGCGGCGCUUCCAGGGGCAUACCCAGGGGCAACGGCGCACCCAGUGCCAGUAGCGCCCCCGGAGCCCUCUCAGGGACAACGGCGCUCUGAGGGGCCCUGCCAGGGGAUGUGGAGUCCCAGGAGCCCUGGGAGGGUCAUAUCAGGCAACGCUCCCAUGGGCCUCCCAUUUGCCCUACCAGGUGCGGCGCCCUAUGCCCUCGCAGAACGUCGGCGCACCCAGAGCCCUCUCAGGGACAACGGCGCUCUGAGGGGCCCUGCCAGGGAUGUGGAGUCCCAGGAGCCCUGGGAGGUCACAGACUUCUCCGGGGGCAACGCCCCAUGGGCCCUCCCAUUUGCCCUACUAGUGCGGCGCCCCAAGGGCCCUGCAGGAACGUCGGCGCAGUGGCCGUCCCAGGGGCAGCUGGAUGCCCCCCCAAGGACCCUCCCUAGGUGCGGUGCCCAGGGGCAGCCCCAGGGGCAACGGCGCACCCAGGUGCCAGUAGCGCCCCCGGGAGCCCUCCCCAGGGACAACGGCGCUCUGAGGCCCCGCACAGGGGAUGUGGAGUCCCAGGAGCCCUGGAGGGUCGUUGGUGGCCCCCAGGGGCCUUCCCCAGGGGCGGUGGUGGGGCUUUCAGGUGCCCUCCCAAAUGCUGAAGGCUACUUGUGGCCUUCCGACGGAGGCAAAGACCUCAGGGACCCUUUUAGGUGUUAA